UGAGCUCAUUAUGCUACUGAGUGCACAAGAGAGCCAACACCUUCACCGUUGGGCUCGUGAAAACGGAAUGUCGAAAGUCUCUGCCAAAUUGAGCCGAGCACCCAUACUCGCAGAGAUGUAUAUCGUGUUUGUAUGUACCGACUCAUCAGCGUUCUUCAUGGGAACAUCGCUGCCAUUGUCGUGAGAGGGAGAGAAGGAGAAACAGAGGGAGAGAAGCACAGACACGAGAGAUUCAGAUCAUGCCUGUCAAGGAUAACGAGGUGAAGACAAACGCCAACAACGACGACAAGUUGAUUGAGUAUGCAUUGAGUUCGCAGGAAUACAUCGACCAGUUCAUCCCCAUCAUCAAGUCAGAACUACUGAACAAGAACUCAUUGGACGACUUGGUGGACAAGCUGGAGACCAUAACUACUCAGAAGGAUGCAGACCUACAAGAAAUAUCGUUCCACUCUAUCGACGAUAUCACCAACUCCGUAAAAGCCAUCAACAAGAUAGUCAACACCUCGGAUAAUAUCAGCAAACAGAUAUUGGUCAUCAACAAAAACUUGAACAAAACGGGAAAAUUGUUAUUGGAAGAAAGGAAAAAAGUGUACAAUCUCAAGCAGUCAAAACAGAGAAUAGAAGAGACAAAUAACAAGAUCAAUUCCUGUCUUGAAACGCUAAACCUCACUAGCAAGAUUCUCAAUUUGAUCAAAAGUGAAGAUUUCUACCGAUCAUUGAUACUACUACAGUCAUUAUCCACCAACUAUUUGAAAGAAGGGGAGGUUUUCGAUUUUAUAAACAAGUUUUUCGAAGCUCUUCCUUCCUUCAAAUUGCUCAUUAUUGAUGAAACGUUCAAUCAGCUAAACCGGUGGUUGAAUUUGAGCAUCGAAAAGAACCUGUCUGAGGUUGGAGAAUUACUUUUCGAUAACUUUAACGCCAUAAAUGAGCAGUGGUUUGAACAGCAAUCACAAAAUUUACAAUUGAUAAACUACAAAGUGAACUCACCCGUAGAGCUUUCCUUUCGACCAAACAAGUAUAAGUCCUUCAAUCCGCUGAUGAAAGUCAAUGUUGAUUUACAACCAUUGCUCCAUUCUAUCCUGGUUUUUGACGAAUUAGACCAGAUUGAUGAGCUGAAGGAGUAUAUCGCAAAUGACAUGGUCAGAAGAAUAGAUCACCUCUUCAUACCAAUCAAAGAUUCCAUUAACAAGUUCAAUGUUUUCUCAAGUAACGAGUCGCUGCGGAUCAAUCUAUUCUCAGUCUGUUCAUUUUCUAUUAUUGACAAAAUUGUGAAUGAGAAGACGAGCUUUAAGCUUCGGUCUUUGAAAGAAGUCAACAGCACGUUCAAUUUGAUCCUGGGUAAGAUCUUACCCGUAUUAUCAGAUCACAUUGAUUAUCAUGACACUGAUUUGGGUGACUUGAUGGAAUUGAAUGAUAUUGUAGGAUUAUUCUAUCAGAUUCUAACCAAUUACAGCUUCAGUUGUGAACCGAUCUAUAAACUUCUGCUGAAAAUAUUCAAGGUGUCAACCAAGCGAUUGGUGGAGAAUUUCAAGACUAGCUACCAACGUAUUUCCCUCGAUGACAACUCACAACCUUUGGUAAUUGACUCUUUGAAAGAGUUCAACCAAGUCUCAAAUGAAGUGUUCUAUAUUUUUCAUGUUCAAAAUCCAAAGUUUCCAAUGAACGUUCCCUUUUCAUCCAUUUACUUGGAUACAUGUAAAUUGCUAAAGGACUUUAUUGAUGAAAUUUACACUUUUAUUUCCAAAUACUACAACAGUGAAAAUAACAUGAUAAUAUCAACCAUAUCGAGAUCUAUUGAUGAGAUUUUGAUUGACAUUAUUUUGAAAGAUUUAGACGACAAGAUUCAUUCGACAUAUAAGGAGGUCGUUUCACAAAAUUUGAUUAACCUUGAUUUCUACUCAAGUUCCAUUUACGAGAUAGAGAAGUACCUAAAUUACUCCAAUAAUGAGAAUAUUAUGAGAUCGAGGAAUUUCUCCAAUUUGAUCAAACUCAACUCUAUUGAAGAGUUUAAGAAGACUAGACGUCUAGCGAUUGAGAGUAUGUUCAAUAUGAUCGAUGUCAAGGUGCAUUCUUUGUUCGAUAUGGUUGAUUUCAACUGGGAUUCAGACGAACUAAGGAGUGAUCCAAACACAAGUCUGAUAGAUUUGAUAGAAUUCUUACAAGACUCCUUCAAGUUGAACUUUUCUCACUUACCUGAAUCCAUCAAAUCGCUCUUGCUUCUCAAAAUUCUGGACAAAAUCGCCAAGUUUUUGAAUGAUUCUGUUUUUGAGUCCGAUGUUUUGACUGAAAGUUCCAUCAAAAAUUUCCAGUUGGAUAUUAACUAUGUGGAAUCUUCCAUCGUCAAGUUUUACGACUCAAGUUUGAAUGCCGACGACCCGACGUUGGAGCCGCUGAAAAACAUGUUCACAAAAUUGAAGCAAAUAAUAGAAUUGUUGAAUGAGGGGAAUCUAGAUAGUUACAAGCAAGAUGAGAUCAGAUUGCGGAAGUACAAUAAGGUCGAUCCCGAGGAGGCUGUUUCAUUAAUGAACAAGCUUCCUACGCCGGAAGUGGAGGAUGAUGGGACGCUCAUCAGUCCAGUAGACAAUGAUGUUGUGUCAAGCAUGGACCCAAGUCAAGACGACAUGAGAUCAAUAUUUGGUUUGAAACGAACUGCAACCUUCCAGUUCAAAAAGUCUUGAAACGAGAAGUCACAUGCAAUGGAGAGUGACCCUGCCCAGCAUAUUACUAGUGUGAGAUUACGAUGUAGAUUUAUAUACCUUGAUGACAAGUUUUUUGCUUUUUUGUUCUAUACAAAGACCUCUGCGCUUUUCAAGGGCUGUUCCCAUCCCAGCCAAUCGCUCGAUUUGUUUGGAACUAAGCCCAUUGAGUAUAGUUUCCAUAACCCGACUAGCAGGUUUCCACAGCACGAUAGUAUAUAAAUGAGUUUCAUGAUACUCACAUCGUAAGAAUCAAUUUCAGACUCAAUACUGG